AGAGGUUCGUAAGAAACAAUUGUUCAAGAAAAGGAGCACGACCCAGCUUUGCGGGUAGCCUACGCUCAUACAAGCACACCGAUAUACACCCACGCAUAUGCAAUCGCCAUGGUGGCGCACAACCGCACGUUAUUGGCCGUGUUAGCCACGGUAGCCCUCACGGCUGCUUUCCAAGCAGUGGAGGUGUGUGGGUGGGGCUGCGUGGGGCACAUGCUUGUGGCCGAAAUCGCACGACGACGCCUUGACGAGGCUAACGCGCAGAAGAUGAACGCGAUGGCGCACAACUUCCACGAGAGCGGCCCCUUCCCUUGGUCCCCCGACGUGGUGCAGGCGGCGUGCUGGGCCGAUGACGCGAAGCAGUGGCACCAAUACGCGAUGCGCUCGUGGCACUUCAUUGACACGCCCUACAACCCGGAGAACAUCACCAUCGACGUUCCGCUUGAGGCGGUCAAUGCGGUGACCGUGUCGGCGAACAUGAUCACCGCACUGAAGAACGUGAAGGCGCCGUUGUACAUGUUGAACUUUGCGUGGGUGAACCUCGUGCACUUUAUUGGGGAUCUGCACCAGCCCCUGCACGCUGCCGCGAUGUACUCGCACAAAUUCCCCCACGGCGACCGCGGCGGCAACGCCAUCGAGGUGAAGGUGAAGGGGGCCGCGGUGAAGCUGCACGCCCUGUGGGACGACAUCUGCGACGUGCCCGCACCGCACUACAGGCGUCCCCUCUCCGACACCGACACCUUCGCAUUGGCUGCCACCGCUGAUCGUCUGGAGGACACGUACAAGUUUCCGUCGUCGCUGCGGACACUGCCGGACCCACAGGUGAUGGCAGAUGAGAGUCACGAGUUUGCCGUUAACAGCUCCUACGACGGUGUGGUCCCAGGUGCCGAACUCGGGACAGAGUACAUGCGGCGCUGCAAGGAGGUGGCAGAGGGCCGCAUCACACUCGCGGGAUACCGACUCGGUUACUUGCUGAACGAGUUGCUGAAGAACAUUAACGUGGGGGAGAUGGCCAUGUCGGCGUACCGAAAGCACGCACGGUGUGACGCCAACAAGCAGCUCGCAAGGCCGAUAGGGUCACAGUUUCGCUUUCGCGAGGUGCUCACGGUGGAGCGUAAGGUCUACGAGCACGAAGACGAGGAAGGCGAUGGAACGGUGCUGUCCCGUGAGGAAACGGUCCGCGAGGUGCGCGGCAACCGCGACCGCAAGGACGGUGACGUGACCUGGCAAACCGAUCUGUAG